AGGACAAAAGUUACGGAUUAGGCGCUUCUCCUCAGAGAGCAAAAAGCGAAAGGCAGCUGAUUCGCCUCCAUUUCUUUGUCAAUCUGCAUAUCUACAUGUUUCCACACUCAUUCUGGGCAUUGUUGUGGAGGGAAAAAAAGUUGUUUUUAUUUCAUAAUGAGUCUCGACUCACGGGCUUUGCAUUAUGAUCUCUUUUGGAACAUUUGGUGGAAUAAACGGGGCACUGCCGGAGAACAGCGUUUAUCACUGUGAUUUGCAGGUUUUUGUUUUAGCACUUUUUUUCGGCUGUUCGGAUUGGAUUGCUGUCGUUGUUCACUUUGUCUGAGUUUCUCUAUGGCGUAGGUGGUUUCAAGAGUUUUCCAAACACCUUUUUGGACAAGGAUUUUAUGUUUACCCAGCAGAUACAUCUGGAUUAUGUACGUAAAACUAAUCGGAUUGUUUAAAAGCCAGUGAAAAGCCAUCAUCAUUACUUUCCGGAGAAGGGAAAUGCGGAGUAAAAACGGGGUCUAGAAGGAUGCUGCUGCUUGUACAAUGGAAGUGAAGAACUCUUUUGCUGUUGUUGCGGUGGUUUGUCUGUUCUUUUGCUCCAGUUUCAGCCAAGAACUCAACCCCAAAGGCAGGAAUGUAUGCAAAGCACCUGGAUCAUCAGGAUUUGUGUGCUGCAGUGGAUGGGGGCAGCUAGGCGAUGAAUGCUCGACACCUCUUUGUGAAGGCAACUUCACCUGCAAGGAAAAUGAGGUGUGUGUCAGGCCCAAUGAAUGUCGCUGUCGUCAUGGAUACUUUGGUGCUAGCUGUGACACUAAGUGCCCUGCACAGUUCUGGGGUCCUGACUGCAAGGGCAAAUGUAAUUGUUACCCCAACGGCCAGUGUGAUGACCUGACUGGCGAGUGUACCUGCAACCACAAUCGUUGGGGACCUAACUGCGAGAAUGCUUGCUUAUGCCAUAAGGGCAACUGUGACCAAGAGACUGGCAAAUGCACAUGUCAUCCGGGCGCCUGGGGUCCCCAGUGCAAAAACAACUGCUACUGCAGCAUCAACUCUGUCUGCGAUGCAAUGACGGGCCGAUGUACGUGCAAUCCCGGUUGGCACGGGAGGAUCUGUGCAACCCAGUGUAGCUGUAACAGCUCACCAUGUGACCAGUUCACGGGGCGCUGUCAGUGCCGGGAGAGGCUGUGGGGCCCACGGUGUGAACGGUACUGCCAAUGCAUCCAUGGCAAAUGUAACCAGGCCGACGGCUCCUGCACCUGCACACCAGGGUACCGCGGGAAGUUCUGCAGAGAACCGUGUCCUGCCGGAUUCUAUGGACAAAACUGCAGGAACAGGUGUGGGCACUGCAAGGGCCAGCAGCCCUGUAAGGUGACGGAGGGACGCUGCAUCACCUGUGACCGUGGUUGGAAUGGAACACGAUGCGACCAGCUCUGCUCAAAGGGCUUCUUUGGUGAAAAUUGCCAAGAAGUAUGUCCCGUCUGUAAAGACGGCCACCACUGCGAUCCCAUUCAUGGCAAGUGCUCUCACUGUAACCCUGGCUGGAUUGGGGACAGGUGCGAGGUGGGCUGCCCCAACGGCACAUAUGGCGAGAACUGCGAGAACAACUGCAGUCACUGUUUUAACGGCAUCUGUCAUGUUGUCACCGGAGAGUGCUUGUGCGACUCGGGAUUUUAUGGCACCUACUGCAAUAUGACCUGUCAACCUGGCCAGUAUGGAGUGAACUGCAACCAAACCUGCUCUUGCAAUGACAAGAACUGUGAUCCUGUGUCUGGUGCUUGCCAUCUCCUGCCCAACCAGCGGAUGGGUGUGAUCGCGGCUGGAACCCUGGUCUCCUUUUUACUGAUUGUCCUCCUCUCACUGCUGUGCUGCUGCUGCCUGUGUCGACACAAAGAAGACCACAACAAAAAAGCCAAGCGGAUCCUGUGUGGACGAUUCAGCCGAAUCAGCACUAAACUUCCCCGUAUUCCACUGAGGCGACAGAAACUGCCCAAAGUUGUCGUAGCCCACCACGACCCAGAGAACACCUUCAACUGCAGCUUCAUCGAGCCCCCGUCAGUGGUCGAGCAGCCCUCCCCCUCCUCCUGGUCGUCCCAAGAGUCUUUCUCUUCCUUUGAGAGCGGAGACGAGGGGCCAGUUUACAGUUUGCCCCAUGAAGAAUCUGUGAGUGAAAGCAAAGAGAAGCGCAGCCCUAGCCCAGCAACAGAGAAGCCUGAAGAUGAUGAUGAUGCAGGGGAGUACACCUCCCUGAAAGACACCAGUGUCUCAAAACCAGAAGGCAGUGAGCAGCCCCUGCUCAAGUCCUCUGACAGUGAAGGCUCCACCAGUGGCUCUGAGUCCAAUACUGCAGCCCUCUAUGCCCGAAUUGCCCGCCUCUCUAAGCAGUCCAAGGAGGAUGAUGGCAGCGGCAAGGAUGGGGAUGGCACUCCUACACCAGAGGCAAAGCGCAAUGGAAAGCCACCACCUUCACCUGGCAAGCCCAAACCACGUCCUCCAGAUCCCUCCACUAAGCCCAAAGUAUCUUGGAUACACGGAAAUACCACAGGUUCUCCCCUGCCAGAGCAACAGGGGCAUGGGGGAAUGAAGGCCCUUGCAGUGCCAAAGGAGAAAAAGAGGAGCUCCAGCAAUUGCUCGGCCAGAAGCGAGGAGCAGCAGAAAAUGAAGGAGAAAUGCCGUGAGCAACAGAAGAAACAAGAGGGGAGGGAGGCCGAUAUCAAUGGCUCCCCUAGCAAACACAAGCCUCUGCGAGGCAAGAAGUCUGGGGAUGAGAACAGCAGUCCCAGUCAUAUGGAGCACAUCAAUGGUGUUGUUCAGAAUGCCCUGAAGAAGAUAAGUAACUUCCACAGCUCCUCAUCUGAGAAGAAGAGCGCUGACAUUCCAAAGGAGUCCGCCAAGGAGCCACCCAAGAGCCCUAAAGUCAUCCACCCUCAUAUGAACUCGGAGGCUGCCACACUCCUGGCUGCUCAGCUUAAGGAGAAAACCCAAAGCAUCAACAGGAAUGAGGGGACAGGUUUGACAAAAACCAACGGUCUCUCCACACCCAAGGGAAACAGGGAGAAGCCAACACCUCCACAGAAAGCGAAGAGGACCCCAUCCAGCGGAUUAAGCCAGCAGGGCUCCACCAAGCCCUUACUGCCCACCUCAAGCAGCCUCCAGAAAAUGGUGGCUCCAGUCGCCACCGACCUCGGGACCCCUGAAACAAAGAGCCCGGAGAAGCAGGACUUGAACGGCUCAAGGGCAGGGGAACCGAUGUUUGAUCCCACGCCAAAGAAAACUCCAAUGAAAAAGCCACCAAGGAAGAAAGGCAAGGAGGGUACUUUGGAUUCAUCGGAAAGCAAAACACCCCAUCCAAAGACAGCCAUCAUGCCACCACAGGUAGUGAAAUAAGGGUUUUUAAAGACAAAUGACCAUCGUGUUUGAUGGAUUUCAAAGACACUAAAAUGGAUUUGUUGUAAGGUCAACCACAUCGUUUUUCAAUCAAGAGACAUUUUCUAUGUAAGUUUGUUGCGACUCCAGGACCAGGAGUGAGAAAUGCUUUUAAAUCGAGGGUGCAAUUGAGUCAAAUUGGUGAGUUGUAUUAUUAUGGCCUCUAUACACCAUUGUGUUACAUCUUAAGAAUCCAUUUUCAUAUAACGACUAUGCAACAAUCUCACACCACAACCUCUUUCUAGACCGGACACAACUGUGAGAACAGUGGUGCACAUACAUCAUCCAUAGUUCAAUCAUCUCUAUUCCUUUGCAGUAUUUCCACCACUAUAUGUAUAUAUGGAUUGCUUUUGAGGUUGCAUAAGUGUGAUUCUCUAUGCAGCUGUCGGCAAAAAAGCUAUUUUUUAUGUAGGCUCUCCGAAGGUACUAAUGGUACUAAAAAUAACCAGAAAAUUGGAUCCUUUGAGGAUUGCAAGCUAUUUUGCUUUCUUUGUUUUGUUUGUGGACCAAAAUGCAUUCAUAUAGUUCAAUACCUUUAGACACCCUCCUCAUUUUUCUUGUCUACGCUUUUCUUUGCUGAAAAAGUUCUUCUUCAUUAUUGUCGAUUAAGAGCGACACUUGAAGUGUGAAUUGUUGGAGGAUUUCUUCAGCAAUAACCUUUUUAUGUUCCUUGGCUAUUUUUGCUAGUAUAUAAAAGUUUGAUAUACCACAAUAUAAAGGAACAUUUUUCUUUGAACAACUUAAUUUGACAACCCGAGUAUGCCAGAUUUAGGACCUAAAAGUCUUGUGUUCUUGUAACUCACACUUCAUUCCUAAUUGAGUUCUAGUGUUGAUCUCAAGGUUCUUCCUUUAAGACCUUUUUUUCAAUUUUAGAUUUUCACACUUAGCUCUCCUCUGUUCAACUCUGUCAGACAAUGUUUGUUGAAACCCAAACAAACACGUUGAUAUAUCUUCAAAAAGGGCUGCUUUAAACCUCUUUCAUACUUCGGCUAACACCAAAUCACUAGAAUGUGCUCUUACUGUACGAUUUAUUCAGUCAGCUAAACCACUAAACCAAAAAUAAAAUCCCAAGCUAUCUGAUCUCCUCACUUUAUCUCAAGCUUGUACAUCAUUUUAAACUCACUCCUUUCUCUGUAAUACAGCAACAUCCACAGUUUCUCUAUGCUGUAUUUUAGAAAAACAUACUGCAGGACACCCCUGUAAAUCAGAUGCAGUAAAUAUUUUGUUAAAGCAAUAACUUUUAGUAGUAUUCUCUACACAAGAGGUCUCCGACUACAAGUCCAUGUGUCUUUUAGUUUAGUCGAGAAACUAGGUCAAUAUCCUAAGCUGAUCCACUCCCUUUCACAUGAAUUUGUUUAUGCCAUCAGGGAAUUAAGAGGAAAAAUAAAUCUUGCCAAGGAUGUUUUGCCCCUUUAGGAUCUUAUUAUCUUAAGCUAGUAAACUUAUGCCAAAUUAACAGUGUUCUUUGAUUUCAUUUGUUUUAAGAGUAGGUCUGUAAGUGGUACCAUGCCUUGAGCUUUAAAAUGUGCCUCAACUGUAGAUCAGUUUAAGCAAAGAAGCCAUGUUUGCCUAAAUGUUGUUGCCAACUUUUAUUUCAAGUGGAGAUUCAAAAAUAAGAAAACCAAAAAAGUUGGCGGGGUGGAAUACUUGAACUGGAAUAAUUCAGUUUUUGUCACUUAAUGGUGAAUAGCUAUUUUGAAAGUAGUAUUUAAUCAUGAUUUCUUAACAAUGGAUGAUUGUUAUAAUUAUGGUGAUAUAUGGCAUGUAUGUUAAUAUGCCAUUGGUAUGUUUGCAGCUGAAGAAUGUUUUAAAUUCACAGCUGAUUGAAAUUUGUUCUUGGUUUUAUGUGUUUAUAUCAAGGUACAACGCAUUUCUUUGGUUAUAUUUUCAACAUUUUCUACUUGUAUACAUUGUGUACUUUUAUUAUCUUUGUAAGCUGUGCUUAUAUGACCUUUGUAGUUCUUCUGUUUUCCUUGGUGUCAAUGAACUGGCUUUCAUGUUGUAUUUGCUUUUCCUUUUUCCUUUGUUAUGUUGCUUAUUCUAAGCUCUGAAGCAAACCUACAGUAUGAGUACUUUCCACCUUGUAAAGUUUACAUUGGCUUUGUAAUUGUUCUCUGUUGAUGUUAUUGUUUGUAUAACACUUAACUGCAUGACGCAGAGUGUAAUUAUACGGCAUUAAUAGCUGCACCGGAAAUCUGUAACCUUUUUGUUCCCUUCAGUUGUUAUGAUUGCCCCCAUAAAUAAGAAUAACUCAUACGGAAAGGAUUGUACAAUACUACUAUGAUACCACUGUUGAAAUAAUUGCAUAUACUUAAAAACAUAACUUUGUGUUAUUAUGAAGGGGACAUUUUUAUCUGACUGGCCCAUGCCUGUUUUUAUAGGCGUACAGUGCAUUUUUGUAAAGAAGGGCCUGAAAAGCUGCAGAAACGUUACCAACUGUAAGGUAUAUUUUGUCUUUUGUGGUUUGUGUUUAGCAACAUUGUUUUCCAUUUGUGUAAGGGUAUUAAAUUGGUGUUUUAUCAUUUACUUCUUUGGAAUAAAAAAAGCAAUACAUGUAGCUUUAGAAAAAACAGAACUUAAAAAUCCAUCCUCAUUUUAAUCGCUUGGCAAUGUCAUUCAUCAUACACUAAUUGACCAAUACAUUCUUAUGGGGGCAUGCCCUCUCCUUGG